CUUCAGUCGAGUACUAGCGCCUCUACUCCAAAGAAGACCUCGCGGCGCCUGCCUCAGGAGGCAUAUACAAUCUUCAACGACUACUUCUUCAGUGUCAAUCGGAAUCCCCGAAGGAACGAAUGCGCUGUCCUCGCUGCAAGGGUACAGUACCUCCCGGGCUGCGAGAUGCACACGGCGAAGCAGGUCCAGAAGUACUUUGAGAAGUUGCGCGCCAAGCAUCGCGUGACGCUGGACGUCCAGGUGAAGCGCGAGCUCGUGGAGACGCCCUUGACACUGUCCCAUAAAGUAUGGUCGAGGGUGGGACCCCCUGCGGGCGAUGUGCUCAGCGGUCGAGCGCAGGACCCGCCGUGCUCGACUGGCACUGGGCCUCAGGGCGCGCAGGAAGCUCUUUCUGCUUCAAUCUCACAAAUCUCACUGCCUUCUUCGGGACCUGCUUGGGAGAAAAUAGCUUCGAGCAGCUCCCCGUCUGCUGCUUCGCAGAACAUUCUGCUCCUCUCGACACAAGCAGCACCUUCACACCAGAAGAGGAAACCGAACAAGAAAAUCGCCCGUGGGGGCUACAAUCUCAUGGACGACUUCUUCACACACAUCAGCAAAACUCCCAGUCGGCCUCAGCGGCUCGAGCUACUGGAGAAAGUACGGCAUUCAGAAGGGUGUGAGCACUACACGCUCAAGAGCCUCACCGCCUACUUCUAUCAUCUGAGAACUCGGAAACAUCGAGUUCCGCGUUCGGGUGCCGGUGCCAAUGCGGAGGAACCAGACUCGGAGUUCCAGUCAAACAAGGCCGCCCUCGUCAAACAAGAGCCUUACGACGACUCGCUUCUCGUCUCUCCCGUAUCUCCCGACCAAGAUGCACCUCUGCCUUCGCCCAUCUUAGUCCUCUCUGACUUUGAUGGUCCCGCACAGUCCUCAACGCAUAUAUGGUCGGUCGCGCAACAAUCACCAUUGACGCACCAGUCGGCAUCUGCAAGCAUGCAGUCAACGCUCGUUCAACAACCUCCUUUGUUCCCAUUGACAGGCCUGCCCCUACAAUCUCCGCCACUCGUCCCAUUCUCGUACACAAUCCUUAACAGUCCUGUCGCCCAGGAAAAGUCGCCAUUACCUGCUCCCCGCCCUGAGUUGCGCCAGCUACCUCCUGGUGCAGCGGAGGCUCCAGAGCCUGGAUCUGCCGCCGCUGCCACCCAGGCGACCAAUCACCCUUCAGAAUCAGACGUUGCAGGAGACACUAGUACUGGUGUUCUGCCUCCGUCCCCCGAAUCCGACUUGAGCCCCGAAACGAAGACGCAACCCAAAUCAUCUAGGACCUAUCUGGCGCCUGAGGCUCACAAACUUCUCGAAGACUACUACGUCACCGUCAGCAUGAACCCCAGCAAGGCAGAGAAAGCCGCCCUCGCCAGCCGGGUCUCCGCUGCUAUCGCUGCUGGCGUGGCGUCGGCUCCGUCGCAAGUGGGGAGGGCUUGCGAAGGCGACCGUGCACCUGACAUUCCUAUGUCCCACAAUCUGACCGGCGCUGUAACGGAUGCCCAAAUUGAAAACUCCUCCGCCUUGGACGUCGUCUCUGUGUCUGGGUGUGCUAUAGGGAUGGAGCACCAGUCGCAGCAGUCAUCUCCCGCCUCAGUCGAGAAUCGAGAGUUCAGGUCUGCUAUCGCUUCCGAACCAGGCGUUCCCGCCUCUGAGGAAGCCGGAUCUUUGUCGAUGGAGGAGGCAGCUGGUGCCCAGGGAAAUACACCUGACAUUUCGAUGUCUCCGGACCCCCACACCUCCGCACGGGAUGUUCAACUUGCAGAUAUCGAUCAAGGGUCUGGAUUUGCGCCCGCUGAAUCACAUCAUCAGCAGUCUGUUUUGGACGCUGUGCGGCCCCAUCCACAUGGGUCAUUUCAAGCCGCGGGAAAGCAUACGCGGGAGCUCGGUGUCACUGUCUCUGCUAGGGAGACGAUCGAUACAGCUCCAGGAUCGGACGUGGAGAAUGACAGCGCUGGUGCCGUACUUCCCGAUACCGACCCAAUCCCCGAGCAGAAGAAACCACGGAACCUCCCGCCCGAAGCUCAUAAUAUCCUUGCCGACUAUUACGCUACCGUCGGCGUUAAGCCCAGCAAGGCCGAUGAAGUGGUGCUUGCGAACCAGAUCAACGCGAUCCCGGGCUGCGAGAGUUUCUCAGCGAGGAACGUGCAUCGGUGGUUCAGAGCAAACAAGUAUUUCAAGAACGGGAGAUGCGCGGUGCGGAAGGAGGACACCGCGAGCGGAGGACAGCGAAACGCGGAGCAAACUCUAGUGGGCGGGGUCAAGGUGGCAGUGGACUCUAUUGCGUGCGAGGCGCAAGACGUUCCGGGUGGCACUGCGGAGGCUGCAAUCCAGGACGAAGCGGGGCAAGACUCGGGCAAGCCUGACGUUCCAAUGUUGUUGAACCCAGACGCAGCGGUCCUGGCAGUUCGUGAAGAAGAGUCUGUCAUUCCUCUGUUUGACUCGACUUAUGCUUCAAUGAAGGACUCGAUAAGCGCUGGAGCGAUGGAACCGGACACUUCGCCCGCAGUCGACUAUGAUGCGAACACAAUCCUCCAACUUGCGACGCAAUUGCAGGGCGUGUUUGCGAGGUCGCCGGAGUUACAUGAAGACCAACCUGUUACCUUCGCCAGAUUUGCUGCCUGGCUCGAGACACGGAACAUCGGGCUCUGCACAUAGAGUCGGUGCACCCCGAUCAGGACAGGACGCUUUCCACUCUCUUCAGAUUUCCGACUUCGCUUUUUACAAUACCAUCAGUUAUAAUCUAUAGCUAUGUAUAUAUUUGAUACCCC